CCAAGCUCUGAUCUGCAGCCAUGCCGUCCCAGAAGACUUUCCUCAUCAAGCGCAAGCUGGCCAAGAAGGCAAAGCAGAACCGCCCCAUCCCCCAGUGGAUUCGUUUCCGGACAGACAACAAGAUCAGAUACAAUGCAAAGAGGAGGCAUUGGCGCCGUACCAAGCUUGGAUUCUGAGCUUCAGCCAGCAAUGCUGCAGCAUGUGGACGCUUCAUGGUGAUCAUCACGAUGGCAGUGUCAAGUAGUCACGCAAGAUCAACAGCAAGUAUGCGACACAGUCGUGGCUACGAAGAGGCGCAGUGUACAAGUUGCAGGCCCUUCAGUACCUUGAUGAAAUCAAUACCCUUUUGUUGAGGAGAUCAAUACAAGCACCAAUUUUCUUGGGAGUCCUUCCAGCUGAGCCUCACCUGAGAUUGUCACCUUUGGAAGCUUGCAAGACACUACUUUUGUAUUGGCAGAUCGAACUGUGGCAACAGCAAGCAUGUAAUAGCAAGGCUGGU